AUGAUGAAGAGGAGGAGUGUACCUCACGGCAACGCAUUCUUGUUGUAUUUCAUACAACUUUUUUCGUUGAUCCCUUCCAUUGCAAGCUACGAUUCUACAUUGUCACAAGCUAGAGUACUACUACCUAUGAGGAUCACAGAGAAAGAGAUCAUAGUGUCCCCUGGAGAUGUAUUCGAGCUUGGUUUCUUCAAACCUGCAAAGAGAUUUCAAGAAAGAGAUCGUUGGUAUCUCGGAAUAUGGUAUAAGAGAUUNGCUUCUUUUGCCAUUUUGAUCGGAGUUUAUGGUUUGAUGUUGGGAGUUUUAGUUCAUUGGUGUAAAUUCGAAUGGGUUCUAAAUAGAGAGAAAANAGGUUGGGACCGCAGAACGAACAUCACAAGAGCACUACGGUCCUGGAAGAGCUUAGAUGACCCGGCAAGUGGAAGUUACGUUUACAAGAUUGAGAUUUCCAAGCUUUCGCAGGGUCUUCUAUUCAAUGAUGAUAUGCAAGAAUUUAAAUACCGUUCGGGCCCGAGCUACAGAAAACUAGUCCACAUAACAGAGACUGACGACGAAAUCACCCACAGUUUGGGUAUCAGUACAGCAAAUUUCAGCUCUAUCAAGCUAUUGAGAGUGGAGUACAGUGGUCCAUUUACGCUGUGGGAGUGGACAGGAGAAUGGAAUAUUGUACAGUCUUUCCCAACGGAUGUCUGUGAUGCUUACGAUGCGUGUGGGAAAAACAGCUACUGUAAUAUUGUCAACAACAACACAGAGAUAGGUUGUGACUGUAUCCCAGGGUUCCACCAGGGUAAUCGAUGGAGCUUGGCAAACUGGAAAGAUAGAUGUGUAAGGAAGUCUCAGAUGAGUUGUGAUCUCAAACUCAAACCGGAAUUUAUGCAGCUUAGGAAAAUGAAGUUGCCAGAAGCUACUGAAACGAUUCUUGUGGACACUACAAUGGGGAUAGAGGAAUGUAGGGAAAGGUGUCUUACGAAUUGUUAUUGCACGGCGUUUGCUAAUACGGACUUGCGCAAUGGUAGCCAGGGUUGUGUGACUUGGACCGGUGACUUGUUUGAUCUUCGGAAUUACAGCCGGGAGGGUCAAGAUUUGUAUGUCAAGCUAGCAGGUUAG